AUGGGCCAAUUAGCCCUUUGUGGGAAAAUUGAGAACCACCUGGUUGAGCUCCUGAAUGAAUCGACCAAGUCCAAAUCGUUGAAAAAGAAUCUAUAUACUGAUUGGGAUUGGAAGCUAAAGCUAGUAUUCCCAAAUUUGACCAUCCCCUCGCUUUUUGGAAAUGGAAAUCUUGAACUACCGGCUAAUCCAAGGUUGGAUGUUAAAUGGGUAGUCCCAGAACCAAGGUGCAAUAAGAUUAAAUUUGAUGGUGCCUCUGUAGGGAAUCCAGGGCGGAGUGGUAUUGGCUGUAUUGUUAGAGAUUCUGAAGGCAUCUAUAUUAAGGAAAUUUUUGAAGUCAUUGGUUUGGCCACUAACAAUGAGGCUGAAUUCCAAGCAACAUUAAGAGGCACAUCAUACACUAUCAAAGAACAAAAUUUGAAAGUACUAACAAUGUUGGCAGGGGUUGGAGCUAUUUCUAUUUGUUAG